AUGCUUGAAUCUGUCCAGAAAUAUUUCUGCCAAUUCGGUGGAUCGAUCUUGAUAUGUAUUGGUACAAUCAGCUGUUUUGUGAACUUACUUGUCUUUUGUCAAAAGAAUCUACGCAAGAAUCCAUGUUCGAUCUAUUUGAUGGCAUAUAAUUGUUCAAACCUUUUCCAAACCUAUCCAAUCCUACGCAUGAUAUCAUUACUCACUCAUGACAACAUCAUACCUAUGUUAUAUAAUGUUGAUCUGUGCCGUUUCAGCGUCUAUAUAAGUCUUCUCGUCGAUAUUUUAAGUCCGAGUUAUUUACUUAUGGCUGCUAUCGAACGAUUAUUCAUAACAUCAUUAGAUACUCGCUUCCAACGUUUCAGUACACGUCGCUUUACUUGCAUGUGUGUCCUUGUAGGAACACUAUUUUGGGCGUUAUUUCAUGGUUUUCUCUUAGACUUGACGAAUGUUGCACAACUUACACCAAAUUAUUUCCUUUGUUACGUUGAUUAUCGUCCGUAUCUAGCAUAUUAUUGUCUUAUAAUCAAAUCAAUUUUAACACCAGUACUCAUGAUAAUAUUAGCAAUGCAAAUUCUAUACAAUAUACGGAGGAUUCAUCUCGUGACAUCAGUUCAUGCAUUUUUAAACAAACGGCUAACUCGAGAAAUUGUUCGAGAGAAAAUUCAUUUCAAAGACCAACAGUUGAUUCGUAUUCUUCUCACUCAAAUUGGUAUUUAUACGUUAUUUAAUGUCACAGGAUCAAUCUAUAUCAUUCAUAAACAUAUCAUUCAAUAUAAAACAAAACCUAUUAAUCAAUUACAGAUAGAAUUGUUUCUUCAGUAUUUAACCACAGUUUACAACUAUAUUCCAUGUUGUAUUGGAUGUUAUUGUAAUGCAUUGGCAUCGCAAAUGUUUCGUACUGACACCAAGAAGAUCUUGUUUUAUUAA